UGCUGAGGAACGCAGAGCUUCUGCUCUCCGCUCCAUCAGCUCCACACCGGGGACAAUAGAUAGGGGGGGCUCCUGGCUGAUGUGACUCCCCCUCCUCCCUCCCUCUCUCACUCCUUCUCCUCCCAUUCCGACGAGUCUACAGGCUCGUCAAGCAGAGAAAUAAACAGACUGGAGCUGUGAGGAGAGAGGACGGUCCUCCUCCCCUCCCCCUCUCUCUGUCCAUCUUCAUCCAGCCGUUCCCUUCAUGGACCGGAAUUAUCCCGCUGCAGGAUUUGGAGACCUGGGCGCCGGGACGGGAUGGGUUUACGACAGAUCGGCGAAGGCAAGCUUCAUGUAUGGGAGCUCCAGGUCCACCCACCCAGACUCAGAACUUCUUCACCGGCAAGCCUACAGCACCCCUCACCCCCUCCAGGGCUAUGCAACCAACCACCCCCCAGGGAGCUCCAGACAGGGUGGAGCCUGGGGGCCUGCUGGACGUACGCUUGGACUGUCAGGGCUAUUUGACACCAGCCUCCACCAUGCUGGUCCCACUGGUCCAGACCCCUCGGUCAUGAAUCUGAUUUCAGCUCUAGAGUCUCGGGGCCCCCAGCCCACGGCCUCAGCAUCCUCCCUCCUUUCCCAGUUUCGGACUCCUUCUUGGCAGACUGCCAUGCACACACCAGCCCCAGCGGAGCUCUUUAUUUCAGGGGCGAUUCCAGGGUCUGGAUCGUUCCCCUCCUCCUCUCCCAUUUCUGCAUACCAACAUCCUGGCUCCUUUAACGGACGAUCGUUCGCUCCCUCUUUGUCCAUACAGGAAUCCUCUACAUUUAGUCCAACCUCCAAUGGUUUGCUUUCCCCCCAUGACUCUCUCCUGCACAUUAAAGCUCCCUCUCAGUCCAGCUUAGGCUUUGACCGCUUGCUGUCUUCUCACAGUUCUACAUACAGAGGCUCCCAGGAGCCACCAGCCCCUUCUCAGACUCAAGCUUCUUCCACCUCCUCAAGUUGCCACCUGCCCCAUCCCCAGUUCAAUGUGUUGUCCUCCCAGCUCCAUAACCGGUCGUCCCAGCUAUACAACAACUCAAUGUUCCCUUCUGCCCCAUCCAUGGUAUCUGCCGCUACUCCUCUAGCACUGCCUCCUCCAGAGAGAGCAGCUUCCCGACAGGACAGCGUGAUCAAACAUUACCAGCGAUCACCCCCGGCCCAGUCCACAACGCUACAGCAAUAUGCCAGCUGUGGUGAGUCAUCUGGCUUCCAGCAGAUCGUAAGCCACCAUCGACAAGCGGGACUGUCUCAGAGUCCCUUGGGAGAACAAAGCCCUCCCUCUGAUCCCAAGCCAUCACUACAAACGUACCAGCCCAUCGUUCAGACUCCCUACACACCCUCAUCAUCCUCUGCAUCGUCUUCAUCUGCCACAAAAGAACUAAAGGGUUCCAACAACUCCACCAGUGGCUACUCCUCUUCUAGCUCAGCAUCUUCCUCUUCUCGUAACCCGCAAACUCCCCCAUCAGCCUCGUCUGCCUCCUCUUCCAACUCCUCAGUGUCCAAAACAAGCAGCAGCUCCUUGCUGGCGCUCUCCCAUCAGCAGCCUCAGCUUCAGCCAGCCCCAGCACCAACUCCUCUGCCAGCGGUGUCCUCUAGCUUUGUUCAGCAGCCUGUUGCCAAACAAUGUCUGUCCAACUAUGGCUCCCAGUCUUUGGCCAAAUCUAGCACAGACCUAUCAGACCAACCCCCACCCCAGCUCCAGAGUCAGUUUUAUUCUGCUGGUCACCCUCCAUUAGCUCACAUGGCACAACCCUUGGGGGGGUUUGGUUCACCUAAUGCUCAAGACCUGAGCUCUGAAGUAGUGCUUAGUGGGGGGAAAGCUUUCACUGGUGUGGGCUCAGGAGGACGCGCUUUCUCUGCAGAGACCGUUUUUGAGGAGUCAAGUUUCAGCCCAGGCUCUCUCAGAGGAGCAAGCAGUCCUUCCAUGGGGUUUAGGAGCGAGUCUACACGGAGUGGACCCCUAGGAGUGACUAGUCAUGGGGGUGUAGCUGGAUCUGCAGCAUCAGGGAGUGAGGCUGCUGGGGUUGGUAAUGACAACACCAGCUCUUACCACCUGCCUGAGUCCAGCACAUCACCAUCUGACAGCUCUUCCCUCACUCACCCUGCACUGCAGUCUCCAGUUAACACUCACCUGGCACAGUCCCCAGGAGCCUCCGGGGCCACAAAAUACUUAUCGUCAAUGCUUUCUCCUGCUUUUAUGCCCUCACCACAAGCUCUGCCUGAUUUGAGACGGUCUCAGAGCCAGUCCUACCAUGCAACACUAACCAGACCAAAAGCAGAAACAAGCUUGUUGACAGCAGAGCGCUCUCGACACGAUGACGAAGAUGCCGAUGAUUUCCUAAUCCAGCAUCUACUACACUCAGAGACCUCAGCCUCUCAUCAUUCUCAGCAUCCUGCACAACAACUGACCCGGUCUGUCUCCCGAGACAGGGAGGGGGAAGGCAAAGGCAUGACCUAUAAUAUGAGCAAGCUCUCCGAUGAGCACUACCACCCUCAGAGUGUCAUUCGUACCAGAACCACUACCAGCAGCUCUGCUCCUGCUGCAGCAGGCGCCGACACAACAAGCGGUUCAAGCAGACAGCUAGAAAGAGUUCAGAACAAACAGCAGGCCAAGUCCGAGAUGGCCAUGUCAAAGUCUCCUGCUGGAGCACGAAGGGCUGCUGAAUCGCUUUCUCACACUCAAAGCACCGUCUCUCUUCAACAGCAGCAUGAGUCUUUGGGCUCUGCAGUGCAUUUUGGGAGGGGGGGGCCCUAUGCACAACAAGCCCUCUCUCAGCACCAACCACACACCUCUCACGCCCUCUCACAUUCUCAGCAACACCCUCACCACCCACAGCACCCUCAGCUGUCUCAUCCACCUUCCUACUCUCACAUGGAGCUAAAGAAACCGGCAAAUCCAGGCGACAGUCGCUACUUGUGUGACACUCCAGAUGUGCAGCAGUCUCAGAGCAGCCAGGCCCCCCUCUCCCUGAUGGAUUCAUCACCAGACCUUCCUCAGUCAACCCACAUGUCUGUACUUUCUCAAAACACGCACACAAAGAUGGACCAUCAGCAAGCACUAAAACAACAGCACUCUUUGAGUCAGCCGGGCAUGAUGGGAGUUGGGUCUGGUGGCGUGGAAUCCCAGCUCCAAAACCAGAAUGCGGAUGCCCACUACAGCCAUGCCGAUCAAACUCAAGCCAGUCAGAACUCAAUGUCUCCUCUGGAUAUCCUCGAUCCGUCUCUCUCACAAGCCAACAGCUUAGAGAGUAGGGGUCCACUGGACCGAGCUGGGGUUGGAGGGGCGGUUCCACUAGGAGAGGGAGCAGACAGGCACAGACAGCAGCACAGACUCACGCCCCACCAUCAUCCCCAACAGAACGGCUCUGAUGUUCAUGCUUUUCUUGCAGACCCAGACUUGGGUGUAUCCCCAUCUUCACACCUUCACCACCUCAACCAGCCUCCAGCCCAUGCACACUCCCACGCCCUGCACGAUCAGCAGACACACACUCACCACAGGCAACAGUUGACUCAUCCACACUCCCGCCACAUGGCGGCCAAUUUAGGGACUCCCCAACAAUCCCAGCAAAGCCAAACAAGAGAGAGCGAGCUCACACACCCCCAGCUGGACCAGCUUAAACAGCACCAUUACAGCACAAUGAGCCCAGUGGACAAAGCAGGACAGAAUCAAGUUCAGCCACAGCAACGCUUUCCUUCUCUAACGUCAGUCUGCUUCCCUGACUCCCUCUUGCAAGAUGAAGACCGUUCUUUCUUUCCAGAGAUGGAGGAUAUGUUUUCUUCUUCUGAUUACAAAUCGGGUUGUGGUGCGGAUUCUGCUGCUCAAGAGGACCUCAGUCGCAGCCACGUGCCGGCACAGGAGGCAAUAGAAACGUUAAAAGCAGGAGGUGCUGGAGGGGGUUAUAAUAUAAUGGGUCACACCGGUGAUCAAGGCUACGGGCAGUACUGCCACAGCCUCCCAGGCGCAGGAGAUGGUAAUCUGCACUUGGACCACGACCCCCUGAAGACGCACGAGCUGCCCUCCACUGUGAAUACCGACCAGCUUGGUCUCAUCCAGUCCCAAACUCUGACCCUGGGGCUGGGUUCAGCAGUUCCAGGAGAUGGUUCGGUCAACAAGAUGGUGGGAUCUGUUGGUGGAAGCUCCAACACCAGUGGUCUGACCUCACCCAUCUUCUGUUCCUCUCGACCCAAAAAGCUUUUAAAGACCAGCUCAUUUCACCUGCUUAAACAGCGGCGCGAGCCACAACCUCCAACAAAGAAAAACUAUGCGCAGGAGUAUGAGUUUGAGGAUGAUGAGGACAAAGCGGAUGCUCCAGCAGAUAUACGCCUCAACAGUCGACGGCAUCCAGCCCUUUUACCUGACCUGGUUUCUAGUUGUAGGAGGGCUGCUGGCACCUCUGGAGUAAGUCGGGUCAGUCCAAUAAUGGUCGACAUGGAUUUCUGCCAUCCGUCUAGCUACAGUCCCCUUGGACACCCGUCACAAAUCCUCACCCACAAUGGCCCUAAGAAAAGAGGGAGGAAACCAACUAAACCAAAACGUGAAGGUCCUCCUCGCCCGCGAGGUAGACCACGUAUACGUCCUCUCCCCGAACCUCCGUACUGCAGGGGGUUGAUGGGAUCAGCGGCUGGGGAGUCAAGGAGAGGGCGUGGGCGGGGAAGAGGACGUGGCAGAAGGGAAGACGGGCUGGUGGAGACGCAUCGGGAUUUAAAAACUCUGAGCUAUUCAUAUCAGCAGCAACCAUACAACCAACAGCAGCACCUGCAGCAACACCCACCACAACAUUACAGUCAACAGCCAGAUCUCCAUCAAGCUCCACACCAGCAGCCACAGCACCACCUCCACCUCCAUCAGCACCAGCAGGUUUCCUCCUCCCAUCACCAGCUGCACCAUCAGCAGCAUUAUCAACAUCCACAGCAGCAACCCUCCCAGCAGGCCCUGCAGGAUGCAGUCAGACCCGUUAAGAUCGAACUUCCCACUUCCAGCAGGACUCCGACAGAGUCUCUGCUGAGGACUGACUCGCUGUCCAGCAGUGAUCCGGUCCUCUCCGAUGGAUCGGUGGGAUCAGCACCAUCUCUGGGCCUGAGUCCUGGAUCGGGCACCACCAUGGACGUGAGCAGAACCGAUCUGGACCAGACUCAGGACAAGAUGGUGAAGCACCAGCAGAGAGCUGAUGAGAUGCUGAUGGAACAAUGGACAAAAGAACCUGACGAUCCUCUGGAUCCAGGAUCCUGGGCUUCUGUGCAGAAGCUCUCGAAUCCCGCUGACGACCGGGCCUUUGACUUUAAACCUGCCUUUGCAGCCUCCUUUUUGGAUUUCCUGAAGGCCAGUAAAAAAGGGUCUGAGCUGGACCUGAGGAAUGAUGGAGUUGAGCAGGAACUCCUGGACACCUGCUCCUCUCUGAAAGAGGGGAUCCAGCCUUUGUCCCCACCGCCACCUUCGCCCUCUCAGCAGCCUCCAGAAACCUUCAGUGACGGAGGGCAGGGUGAAGGGGCUGACCUGGCCCUCAGCAACUGCCCGAGUCCCUGCAAGCCCCUGGAUGAGGAGCUGAAAAGGAACCUGGAAACGCUGCCAUCCUUUUCCUCUGAUGAGGAGGACUCUGUCAGUAAGAACCAGGACCUGCAGAAGAGCAUCUCAUCUGCCAUCUCUGCCCUCUACGACACCCCGCACUCCCUGGCUGCUGCCAUGGCCUCUGCUAUGAUGAAGGUCCAGCCCACACUGUCCACCUCCACACCACCGGAGCCUUCCCUCAGCCCGCCGCUUCCUGCCACACCUCACCUCAUCCUCACUAUGGAGAACACCAAAGAGGAGGCUCGCACCUACACGCAGCGGCAAAUGGAGGAGGUCAAGGAGCAGAGUCUCAUCGAGCCCACUGAGGAUGGAGAAUCAGACAAAGAUGAGAUGGAGGUGGAAAUGGAGGGAGGAGAGGAGCCUGGGAAGAAUAAAGACAUCAUGCAAGUGUCUCAGACUGUGCAGAAGGAGCUGAUGGAGGAGAACAGAGUCUCUGAGAUGCAGGUUCAGGAGCUUCCUAAAGCUGAAGAAGCUGUCAGAGCGGACUUCUUACCGGACCUGACCGGGGAACGCCUUGGGAUUCCCCCGGAGGAGCUGGCCCAGGUGGCUGGGGAGAGGGAAGUCUGGGCCUCUCGACGCUACUGCCCCAGUAACCCGACUCCGGAUAAGCGGAUGAAAAUGGAUGGAUGGACAAAUAACAGAUUUACAUAUUCUCCAUCUGAACCUGCCCUUGCACCUCCAUCCCCAUCACUCUCUGUCCCUCCCUCACCACACACCCACUCCUCACCCUCUCCCCUUCCUCCCGAAAGUCCCUUUGUGCCCUGCUUGCCGCUGGUCCAGCCGACGGAGGCGGAGAUGAGUCUGCUCUACCCAGCUUCUGAGCCUCAACAAUCUUCACACCAGCAGACUGCUGGCUCUUCCCCGCCACCUUCUACCUCCCCACCUGCCACUUUGUCAUCACCCCUCUCCAACCUCCCCCUGAGCCAUUCCAUACCCCCUCCAUCCACCACACCUCCCCCAUCCUCCUCCGAUCAAGACCAGGAACCUGACAUGGGGCAGCCUUCCUCCUCUUCAUCCUCUUCUUCCUCGCCCUCCUCAUCACCCCCACAACCACCGUCCCCUCCAACUCCAGAGGAGGCCCCAGCAUCCCAGCGCCUCACCUCCCUCCAUCUUGCCAAGAAGCAGACAGAUGCUGCCAUCGUGGGUGAGAGUGAAGAAGAGGACAGCGAGAGCGGAGGUGAAGGAAUAUUUCGAGAGCGAGAUGAGUUUGUGGUUCGGACAGAGGACAUCGGGACUCUGAAGAUGGCUCUGCAAACCGGCAGAGAACCCCCACCCAUCUGGCGGGUGCAGAAAGCUCUGCUGCAGAAAUUCAGCCCAGAGAUCAAAGAUGGUCAGAGACAGUUCUGUGCAACCAGCAAUUAUCUGGGUUACUUUGGUGAUGCCAAAAUGCGCUACCAGCGUUUAUAUGUCAAGUUCUUGGAGAAUGUCAACAAGAAAGAUUACGUCAGAGUGUGUUCCCGGAAGCCUUGGCACCGGGCGGGUCUGACACUCAGACGGCAGUCGAUGGCUAAACAGCUGCUGAAUGUCCACAAUCAGUCCCAAACUAGGAUGGACAGAAAUGACAAAGACAAAGAAAGACAGAAGGAAAGAGAACUGAAGGAACACAGAGCAAGAGAAAAAGAACGAGAGAAACAAGAAAAGGAUCAAAAAGAAAGAGAGAAGCAAGACAGGGAGCAGAAAGAGAAAAUGACAAAAGACAAGGAAGAAAGGGAGCAAAAAGAAAGGGAUUGUAGAGAAACUGAGACAGAAAUAGAAAAGGAGCAGAAAGAACAAGGACAAAGAGAAAAAGAGCAAAAGGAAAAGGAAAGAAUUUAUAAGCAGCAGAGAGAAAAGGAGCAAGGGGAACGAGAAAAAACAGAGAGAGCAUUAAAAGAGAAGGAGAAACAGGAGAUUGAACAGAAAUACAAAGAGAAAAAAGAGAAGGAAAAGAGAGAUAAAGAGCAAAAUGAAAGAAGGCAAGAGAAAGAGCAAAGAGAGAAAGAGAAACAAGGAAAAGAGACAAGAGAAAAACUAGAAAAGGUAAAACAGGAGCAAGAAAGAAGGGAGAAGCAAAUAGAGCUGAAAGAAAAAGAAAGGAAGGAUACAGCAAAGGAAAAAACAGAACGAGAGCGAAGGAACGGAAAUCCAGAACUUGUGAGACUCAAGGAAGUAAAGAGAGGAGGAGAGAACAAGAUGGAGUGUCAGUCCAGAACCAAGAUGCCAAAAGACAGAUCAGAGCCUCCACCAAAGAAGAGGAAGAAGUGGCUGAAGGAGGUGCCUUCCUCCUCCAAUUCCUCAGAGUCGGAAUCCUCCCUCCUAAGUGAUGAUGAAGGACCUGUGAGGGCUUUGAUGAACAGCCGUGCCAUGUGGGAGAUGUUCAGGAGCUAUGUGGAGAUGCUGGUGAGCACAGCCCUGGACCCUGACAUGAUCCAAGCACUGGAGGACACUGAUGAUGAGCUGUACCUCCCUCCCAUGAGGAAAAUUGAUGGCCUGCUAAGCGAGGAGAAGAAGAGACUGCUGAGGAGAAUCAACAUGAGUUCUCAGCACCAGGAGGCCCUACACCUCUUCCCCAUAAUGACAGCAGACCCUCUGGAAUCUGGAGCUGUCAGGGUCCAUCUCGGUGGGGAAGGUUACAACCGGAAAACUCUCAAUCGCAUCAAGAAGAGUAUUCUCAAGCAGCAGGAUCUGAAGCUUCCAAUAGAAACGUGUCGACUCUACAGCCUGUAUCACUCUCUUCACCACUACAAGUACCACACCUUUCUACACUGCAAGAAGGAGACUGAUAACAUCGAGCAGGCCGCUGAAGAUCCUGGUCAGGAGGAGGUGGUGCAGCAGUGCAUGGCCAACCAGGGCUGGCUGGAGAACCUUUUCAACUCCUUUAUGGAGCUCUUCAGCCUCAGUGCCAAGGCCUGAAGCAGAACUUGUCCUUGAUCAUCCACUCGAUAUCAGAAGCCAGAGACAUCCUGCAUCUGUGUAACUAAAGAGACAUGACAGAGGCUGUGCGGACGUGCAUCGUGCUCUGAGAAGAUCCCGCGUCCGUCUGCUGGUGGGACCUUAAUGCUCCAGAGUUCUUCUAUGAUUGAGUCCACCUGCAGUGAUGGAGAUGAAGAAGCCUGUGAAUGCUAUGAGUUUUUUUUUUACCCCAAAUUAAAAGAAAAUUGUGUUAUUUUUGCUGCAAAAGAGAUUUCUGUUAACUUCCAUAAUACUGAAACACACACACACACACACACACACACACACACACACACACACACACACACACACACACACACACACACACACACACACACACACACACACACACGUGCUGUGUAUAAGGACAAAUUAGUAGCAACAGUUUCUACGAUGACAUUUUUAAAUGACCCUGAUAAGGGACCGUCUGUCGUUCUUAUUUUUGAUGGACAUUUUAAAAGUGUGUAGAUAAAAUGAUCCGUGGCAGUAAAACCUGGAAGGGGUUUUAAGGACUAUGUGAUAGUUUCUACCUGCCUCAGUGGAACCGGGACAAAUCAUGUUGAAAGGAUGUUAAAUAAGAGGCUUCAACGCCACCAAAAUAAAAGCUGAGAGGAAGCGUGGCAGAGCAGAGCCUACAUGUUCGUGUUUAAUGUUCAUCCUUUUUAUCUGUUGUUGAUGAUUUUUGGUUUGACCUCAGCGAGGAGAAACGUGUAAAUAUUGUACAGCUGCUCCGUUCACUCUUCUGAACAUGAAAUAAAAGUCUCCAUGUGACAAAUGAGAGGGUGAAUAAGGA